GCCCCUUUUUUAUUUUUUUUUGUUGUUUUCACACUGUGGGACAGAGAAGCUGCUGGGUUUCGUCUUGCCGGAAUCUGUGUGUGUGGAAGAUGUGGGCAAGUGCAGAAGGAGGGGCACAGGAGGUGACCCUAGAGACCUCCAUGGGUUCUUUCACCGUUGAGCUGUACUACAAACACGCACCGAGAACUUGCAGAAACUUCCUUGAGCUCUCUCGCAGAGGUUAUUACAACAAUGUCAUAUUCCACCGAAUCAUCAAGGAUUUUAUAGUGCAAGGUGGGGAUCCAUCGGGGACUGGAAGAGGUGGAGAUUCUAUCUAUGGUAAGCAUUUUGAUGAUGAAAUAAAACCAGAGUUGAAGCAUACUGGAGCUGGUAUUUUAUCCAUGGCAAAUGCUGGUCCAAAUACUAAUGGAAGCCAGUUCUUUAUUACCUUGGCACCUUGUCCGUCUCUUGAUGGAAAACACACAAUAUUUGGACGAGUGUGUAAAGGAAUGGAAAUCAUCAAAAGGCUUGGUAGUGUCCAAACUGAUAACAGUGAUAGACCCAUCCAUGCUGUGAAGAUACUACGGACGUCUGUUAAAGAUUAGAUAUGAUGAAGCUGUUAUCAUCACUGGCAAUCAGGUUUUCGACUCCAUUAAGCCUAUGGCUUGGAUAUUUUGUAUCAUUAUGAGCUUUGAUAACCUUGUCUUCAAGGUUUCCUAGAAAAUUACUAGGAAUAUAAAAAACCAAGAGAGAUUAUUGAUUUAUUAGUCAAACUUUCAUAUUAUUUUAUAAAAUGUUGCUGGCUUUAGCCGCUUAAA